AUGUCCACUAUUGACUCUGAUGUUCUUAUUGUUGGUGCUGGUCCAACCGGUUUGAUGCUCGGUUGUCAAUUAGCCAUACAUGGCAUUAAUUUUCGAAUUGUUGAAAAAAAUAUAGAACCAAGUGUACAAUCGCGAGCACUCGUUAUUCACUCUCGCACUUUGGAAAUAUUUGAUCAAAUGAAAAUAGUAGACAAAUUUUUUGAGCAAGGUAUCACAUUAAAUGGGUUUAAUAUGAUUUUUAAUGGUAAAUAUUAUGGUAAACUUGAUUAUACUCUAUUUCAAAAAGAUGAUUUAACAAAAUUUCCUUAUCUUCUUGUCAUUGAACAAUAUCGAACAGAACAAAUAUUAGAAAAUUAUUUAAAAGAAAAAUAUCAUCAUAUCGUUGAAAGAUCCACGGAAUUGAUAAAUUUUACUCAAAACAACGAUAAUAGUGUUUGUGUUACAUUAAAGAGGUCUCUGGAUGAAUUCGUAAAUAUUCAAACAAAAUAUAUUUGUGCAUGUGAUGGUGCUCAUAGUACGGUGAGAAAAAAAUUGAAUGUCGCUUUUCCAGGUACAACAUAUUUGGAACCAUUUUUUCUUAUCGAUUGUGAGAUAAAUUUUAAUGAUGAUGAAAAUAAAUUUCCACGUCAAGAAUCGACUUUUGUCUUCUCAUCAAAUGGAUUAAUUGCAUUUUUUCCCUUAAUCAAUAAUCGUUGGCGUAUAAUUGGUACAAUGCCAGAAGAACUUCGUGAUGGAAAAUCUAUUGUUACAUUUGAGAAGAUUGAAAAAGAUUUUUCAAAACGAUCAAAUAUUAAUGUUGAAUUAUUCAAUAAUCAUUGGAUAUCCACAUAUAAUUGUCAUCAUCGAUAUGCUCUAGAAUUUCGUCUUAGAAAAUGUUAUUUUCUAUUAGGUGAUGCUGCACAUAUUCACAGUCCUUUCGGUGGUCAAGGUAUGAAUACUGGUCUUCAAGAUGCAUUUAAUCUUGGCUGGAAAUUAGCACUUGUAUUGAAAAAACGAGUCAUAAAUGAUGAUCAAUUACUCGAUACAUACAAUGAAGAACGUCAACGUGUAGCACAAAAUCUCGUACAUACAACAGAUCGUGCUUUUCGUGGUUUAACUAGUAAUAAUAAUUAUAUAAAAUUUAUACGUUUACAUAUACUGCCAAUAAUAUUCCAAUGUAUUUUAUUUCCUCUUAUUAAUCAUGUUCGAUUUAUUCGUCACUAUUUUUUUAAAAAAUUAUCACAAAUUGGUAUUCAUUAUCGUCGAAGUUCUCUUUCAUUACCGUACGAUAUGUUUAAUAAUUGUCAAUUAAAAUGUGGUGAUCGUUUACCAUCUUGUGUUAUUGAACAUUUUCAUGAUAUGCAAUAUUUUCAUUUAUUAAUAUUCGAAUCGGUAAAUGAAAAUCAUCAAGAAAAAUUAUUUUGCUCUCAUAUUACACGGUAUUAUAAAGAUAUAAUUAAAAUGAGUUUAUUCGAUCCAUUAAAAGUCUAUGUCUAUGAACUAUUCGGUAUUGAUACUCUGAAUGGUGGAUGGUAUUUAAUAAGACCCGAUAUGUACAUCGCUUGUCGUGCAACAACAUUUAAUAUUGAUCAUUUUGAAAAUGAUAUAAAACAAUUAUUUUCAAUAUCAAGAAAAAUGGAUUCUAAAUAA